AAGGAUUACUCACUUCCAAUGAGUGAUUUUUUAUCUUAACUUUAUAGACAAAAUAAUGGGGAAAGACAGAGUGAUUUAUAAGAUAAAAAUAUCAAAUCAAAUAAAUGACCAUUUCUAUCAUUUUUAGUUCUAAUAAACACGCAAUAUGACAGAGGCACUACGAUCGCUACAGAGUUGCCGAUCAUCCUGCAUAUUUAUUAUGAGACUUUUUAAUCAGGAUUAAUUUUAAUAAGAAUAAUUGUCUAAUAAUCUCUCAAUUAAUAUUUAAUGAAGUUUACUAACGGUUUCGAAGCAAUUACUGAAGCGGUUCUUUUAAUCUCGCUCAGUAGAUUGUGGAAUGUGCGACGAGGAGCUACUGUGUUACGCAGCUCCGCAUGAUGCCAUCUCAAAAUAUUAUUUUAAACACGAAGAAUUCGUGUCUUAUGCAUUAUCGAGUUAAUAUUUUACCCCUCGAUAUAAGAUAUAAAACGUUUUAUAUGGACACUGUGUCCUCAGUAUUAAAUAAAUCCGGAAUUAUUAUUUUUACUCGGUAGCAUGUAUACGUGGCAACAGAGCAAAGCUGGGCUCGAGUGCCCAGUCACUUCCUAGUCAAAAGAAUUUCAUCGAUCACAAACAAUAAUAUAUUUAUAUCGUUGAACAAGUGAAAUACAGUGAAAACAUUAACUUCAAUAACGACGAUUCCAAUAUAUACGCUUACUUGAUUGCGAAAUUUUUGGUGAAACAUUUUCCUAUGCCUAAUUAUUCGUAACAUAACAAGGAGCGUCGGUUUUAUGCGUUACAUGUGCAACCACUGUUAAAGUUGACUUCACCCGCUAGAAUUUUUUAAAUGCGUCUAUGAACAAACACAAUUUUUCAUCUUUACUAUUACUUGGACUAUUUAUUAUCCGCUCGGAUGUAUUAAGGCUAUAUCUCGUGUCCUAUUGAUACACGUGAAUGCAUUAAUAUCGCUAUCUAAUUAUAUGUGUAUAUAUAUAUUACAUGGUGUCUUAAGCAUACAAAUACUUUAUUGAAUUGCUAGGAAAAGAAAAAUCUUUGGAAUUUCAUCUCUAACAAAUAUUUACUGGAUUUAUGUGAUAGAUCUAUGAGGCAUAUAAUUACUGAAAGCAAAUGUGGAACGGAUCAUAUUUGACAUUGAUGUGUUAUUCCUCCUGUUGGAAGAUCAUGUGCAUUAUGAAGAUAACUUGAUAAAAAGUUACUAAGAAAUAUAAGAGAUAAAAGUAGAUGAUAGAAUAGAUUUGCUAAUGGUGCUUUGGCGCUGUCUUCAUUUUCCUCCUGUCAGCACAAUGGAGGAACCCGCAAAGAAGAAACAACGUCUUGAGGAUAGUAAUGAUGGAAUAGAAUCUUUCUCGGAUAUAAAGUAUUUUCAGAACAGUUUAUUAGCUCAGUGUUUAUGCAAUAUACCAGAGGGUAGCUUGCGUAAACCGCUUACUACAGCAACAUUGGAAAUGGCUGAUGGUAGCUUUCGUCCUAUAGAAUUAUCCAACUGGGAACCUGAUCAAAUUCUGGAAUUUCUAAGCGCCUUGCAGCUUCUUUUUGAUUUGGCCAUCAAACAGAAUACGAAAGGUGUUAUGUGCAGUAGAGUUGUAGAUAUUUGUGAUCUGUUAGCACGAAAUGAACAUGGUAUUAUAGAUCAAAUUAUUGAUCUUUCUAAUACAACCAAUAAGUUCAUAUUGUUUGUUGCAAGCAGAGUUUUGGCUUCAUUUUUUAUUGUAACAAAGGACAAUUUUGAAACCAUUUGGUUGGAAAGACUUAUUCAAUCUUUAGUGAACACCAACUCUCCUAAUGAAAUGGUAUUCACUUUGGAUAUUGUGAAAAAAGUGGUUGAAUAUAAAGAUUGCUGCCUUCAUCCGUCGGAAGAGACAGGCAUAAUGUCUGAUUGUAAUACUAUAACGCUAUCAGAUGCAGAAAGUUUUGAUAGUACUACUGUAAAAGCUAUGUGCGUUAAAGUAUUAGAAUCUAAAUGGACUACAUUAGUAUCUAAGUUUGAUGCAAUUCUCGCCUCGUACACGCCUCAACAUGAAUCAGCUGUUGUAACAUUUUUAGAUUUAUGGGAAUCAAUCAUUUCUGUAAAAGCCAAUUUAUCAGUUAUCGAUACUAAGCUUUUCUAUAGUCAAUUAGAUAAUUUGGUUUCAUUGCUGAAUUCCAAUGUUCCAUGUAUCAUCUGGAGACAUCUUUUAAAAUUGUUUAAUGAAAUAUUAUGUUAUGGUAGUACAUUAGCAUUACAAGAUGUCUUACCUGAUGAACCUUGCUCUCUAGCACAUAUAAUAGUUCGUGCCGUUAAAGAUUGGAGAUUAUUAGAUUCCUUGCCAUAUCGUAAUGGGUCUGGAAGAUUUGGAGGUGGUUCUAGCGAAGGAGACAGACCACUUCUACAAAAAAUUGUGCUCUUAGUUUUAAAAAGUGUUGCAGUGACUAUAAAGGAAACCCGCUGUGAUUCUAGUGACUCUUCUUUGGGUUCAGAAGCAGAAGAUCUUGAUGCCGAUAUGGCAGUUAUUGAGCGAAGUAUUAGAGAAGUUUUAAGACAGCUGGAUCAAUGUGUCAAAACAUUAAUGCCUUUCCAUCCAGAAAUGCCAUUAUCGCAAUGGGUUGUACAAAUGUUUCAUGAUCAAGAUGACUUCUUGAUAGAAGGUAUGGUCUGCUGUCUCGAUGUAGCAGUUGGUCUUUUUUACAGAGGACCGCCACAAAAUGAUUUAGGUCAUAUACUUAGCCCAACAUUAACAUUUAUACGAUUCAUACAUGCUGUGUCACAUGAUCCUGAUGUUUUAUUAGAUUUACUUGUCAGUAAUGAAACUUGUUUUUUAUUGUACUUAUUGAGAUUUUUAAAGUAUAUCAGAAGAAAUUGGGAAGAAUUUGUAUUGUGUUGUGAUAGAGAGCUCGAUGACACCAUGACAGUAUUAAUAAGACUUCGAUUGGCGAUCGACAGAUUAGUGUCUAAAGCUUUGUUUCCUUAUAACAUCAAUCCGGUUCUUCGUUUAUUAGAGAAAUGUGAAUCCUUUUAUGAAGCAAAUGGUGAUCUCUAAACUGGGGAGAAAUUUUCAAUAUGUAUGCAACAUAAAUAUAUAAAAUAUAUUUCUAUUAAAAAUAAAAUAAUACGAAUAGAG